AUGGAUCAAGGUGUUACACCAGAUGUCUUUACUUAUGGCUCUUUAAUUCAAGGUGCAUGUAAUUCAGGCCAAUGGAAGGAGACUACAAGAUUAUGGAAUAAAAUGACUGCAAGGAAGAUAACACCAAAUGUCGUCACUUUCAGUGUUAUUUUUGAUAUGCUUUGUAAAGAAGGGAAGAUUUUAAAGGCUGAAUGUGUACUUGGGAAGAUGAUUGAGGUAGGAAUGGAUCCUGAUAUGGUCACAUAUAGUGCAUUGAUGGACGGUUAUUGUCUAGUAGGCCAAAUUGAUAAGGAUUUGAAAGUCUUUGAUUUGAUUGCUCAAAGCGGUUUUCAACUUGAUGCUAUUAGUUAUAAUAUAUUAAUCAAUGGAUGUUGUAAGAGUAAACGUAUAGAAAAAGCAAUGGCACUUUUUAGUGAUAUGAAUUCCAAAGGGUUAUGUGCUGACACUAUUACAUACAACACCCUUAUAAGUGGAUGGUGCAAGGUAGGCAAUGUUCAAGCGGCAAAAAAUCUUCUUAAGAAUAUGUGUGCACGGGGUCAAACACCGAACUUGAUAACUUACUCGACUCUGUUGGAUGGUUCGUGCAAGCAUGGGUGUCUUGAUGAGGCAUUGACUUUGUUUAAAGCAAUGCAAGAAAGGCAGGAAGCUUAA